AUGACCUUCACGCCAUGCCCAGGCGCCUGUCUGCUGGGCCUCCCCCUGCAUUUUGUGCCUGAGGCCAGGACCUCCCUGCCUCUCCCUGGUGCCCCCUCCCCCGUGUUCACCACCAAUGACAGAAGCCUUUCCUGCCUCUUGUGUGCCCAGAGUGACCAGGACCCCAGGAUCUCCCGCCACGCGGAGUCCUUCCUGCUGGAGCAGAUCCAGUCCUGGAACCUGAACCCGGGACACCAGUACAGGGUCACCUGCUUUCUCUCCUGGAGCCCCUGUGCCGGCUGUGCCCAGCGUAUGGCUGAGUUUCUGGGGGACAACAGCCACGUGAGCCUGAACCUCUAUGCCUCCCGCAUCUACAGCCGGGGAGACUAUGAGAAGGGGCUGUGCACCCUGAAGAGGGCUGGGGCCAGCAUCGCCAUCAUGACCGCCAGGGAGUUUGAGCACUGCUGGGACACCUUCGUGCUCCACCAGGGAGGAAGCUUCCAGCCCUGGCCGGGUCUGGACGAGGAGAGUCAGAAAUUCUCUGAGACCCUGCAGGGCAUUCUCCGUGAGGUGCCUCCCUCCCUCCCUCCCUGCCACCUCCCCUGCCCUCCUCCCUCCUCUCCACUGCCUGGCCUUUCCCUGCCCCUCUCACAGCCUCCCCUGGGUUACCUGCUCCCUCCUGGGGGCCGUGCCACCCCUCCCGCCCCCUUGGAGAGAUUCCUCUGCUCCCUCACCUCCUGCGGCCCCCUCCCUUCCCCUCUCUGGGGCUGCCAGACCCCUUCUCUGUUGCCCCCGCCCACCUGUCCCACUGCCAGCCUGUGCCAUGCAAGUCCCCCUUCUCCUCCCUCAGCAGGAAGCCUGAAGGAUGGACUUCGGUCUCGCCAAAGACCACGCACGCACGCACGGGAGGCCUCUGUGAGCAGCAGAAUAAAGCACUUCCUCCCAAGCCAUGCAGACCCGCUCUCCACCGCCUUCUCCAGAUUGAUCCCCGGAAACCAGCAAGAGGCCAUGAGCCCAGAAGAAGUUGUCUUGAAUGAAAAAAUCUGA